UUCAAAGUGGCACUCAUUCAAGGCAUUUCAAUAAAAAUGACAAUUUCAAAGAUUGUUGUGCUAGUUAUUCUAGCAUUGAGGUGUAAUUUUAAAAUGACAUUCGCGAGCCCCGUUAAAACCGAGGAAGAACCAAACUGGGAGAUACCUCUAGAAGAUCUGAAUAUAAUGCAAUUGGUUUGCGUCGCGGAAUCGGGCUCCGAUGCAGGCAUGCGAAAAUUUUUCUCCACGCUCCUAGACCUUGGCUUGUGCAUCGAGAGUAAAUUCACCGUCAAGGAUAUAGACACAUUGGACCAGAUCACAGAGAAUCUUGAAUUACUUUCUACCGAACGGGUGAAACCACUGUGUCCAGUGAUAAACUCAAGUCUCGCUUGCUUGGAUGGCAUUGCUGAGGCAUUCUCAAUGUGUGCUAGGGAAGACAAAGCUUCAAAAGCAAGACAGAUAGCGAACAAAAUCAUCAACAAUUUGUUCAAUCUAGUGUGCGGUAAUUCGACUAUCGUUGAAGAAAUGGUUCAGCCAAAUUUCAUGCAAUGUGCUCCUCAAAUUCUCAAAAACAUCAGCAACUGUGCUAUUAUGAAUUUGGAUCCAAAUAAAUUUUCAAUGGACUACGGGUGCUCUGAUUAUGAAUUGGUGCGGGGUUGUUUGCAAAACAAAACAAUUGACUGUGGAGCUCCAGGUAUUAUGAAGGUUAUGAAUGCUGUCACGGAUCCUUUCAUGGAGCAAAUAGGCUGUAUGAAAGAUACUGUAACUAGCACUGGUUUAGCAGGCGAUGAAAAUAAUGCUAGCAAAGAUAAAGCUGAAGUAUGAACAAUUAGUUUCGACGACUAAGUGAAGAGUCUUUAUAUUGCAAUAAUAACAUUCAUAUAAGCAAUUCAAUAAAAUAUGUAUUCAGUAAAUAUUUUGUGAAAAAAAGGAAAUUUCAUUCUUCAAACUGUAAACAACAUUCC